GGAACAUAAUAACCGCGAGUUGUUCUUUCCAUUUUCAACAUUUAUUAUCAAAAUCCAAAUUAAACUCUGUAAAAAUUUAUUACUCAAAAUAAACUUUUUUAUAGAUAAUUAUAAUAAUUAGAAAUUAUUCCAAUAUUUUUUAAUAAAAUAGAUAUUAAUUGCCUUCUCAAAUUUAUAUUAGUUUUGGCAACACCGAGACCCGUUCUUUCAUUUCCAAAGGAAAACAGUGAACGGAAUGGCAGACGCCGCGCCAUCGACAGCGCCCAAGGCGAAAGCGCCUAAAACCAAGGCGCCAAAAGAGAAACCCGCUAAGGCAGCACCAGCAGCGCCCGCGGAGCCCGCGAAGGUGAUCCGCAAAUCGUCUAAGCCUCGUCACGGUAGGCUGUAUGCUAAGGCCGUGUUCACGGGAUACAAGCGUGGUCUUCGCAACCAGCACGAAAACACAGCUUUGCUCAAGAUUGAGGGCGCUAAAGACCGUACUGACGCCAUCUUCUACGCCGGCAAGCGUUGCGUGUAUGUAUACCGUGCUAAGAAAAGGACUCCCAUUCCCGGAGGUCCUCGUGGCAAGAAGACCAAGUUGCGCGCCAUCUGGGGCAAGGUGACCCGCCCGCACGGCAACUCUGGCGGCGUUCGCGCCAGGUUCAAGUCCAACCUGCCUGCUCAUGCCAUGGGUCACAGAAUACGUGUGAUGUUGUAUCCUUCAAGGAUUUAAGAACCUCCCGUUUAAUAUAAGCUUAAAAUAAAAACCCAAAAAAAUC